AUGAUCGAGUUGAGAUCAUUGCCAACGAUCAGGGCAACAGGACGUCGUCGUCGUAUGUUGCUUUCGCCGAUUAACACCGUUUUUGAAAUGAAUUUUGGUUGUUCGAGUUUGGAGAAGUCAAAACAGAACUUGAAGAAGAAGAAGAAGAAGAAGAAGAAGAAGAUGAAGAUGUCGGCCUUGAAAUCUGCCAAUAAGGAGUUGAAAGGAAUGAUGAAAACAGUCAGUAUACAAGACAUAGAUAACUUACAAGAUGAGAUGAUGGAUCUGAUGGAUGUGAGCAAUGAAAUUCAAGAGACUCUUGGUAGGAGCUACAAUGUACCUGAUGACAUUGAUGAGGAUGAACUUUUGGGUGAGCUUGAUGCCUUGGAAGCAGACAUGGGAUUUGAAACUGAAGCUGAUGGGGUUCCAUCUUAUCUCCAGCCUGACAAGGAAUCUAAUUUUGAAGGAGAGCUCAACUUGCCUGCCGCUCCGAUAGGGCAUGCAGCAGUUCCUGCUGGUAGAAACAAUGCACAGGCCGAGGAUGAAUUAGGUUUACCCGCUGUUCCUCGCGCAUCCCUUCGAGGCUAAAAGUUGCAUUUGUCUCAUCUGGACCAUCUUUUACCGGGAGGCCAAAAAUUGGAGUGAAUCUUUGUAUACAUAUUGUGCAGAGCUUAUAUUGAUUCAUAUAUAAAUGGAUGAUCAAUUCAUCAUUUGAUUAUUUACUCCAUGUAUUUGAUAACAACCUGCAUUUGGAAUUGUUCCUCCAGGCAGUCUGAAGUCUUUGGCUCAAACUAUAUAUAUAUAUAGGCACAUUCUUGGUAUCA